GGUUUGGCACAACUAAGCUUAGUUCUAAUCAACGUCGGGAGCUGUUGGAUGAUUUGGGAAAAGUGCAUGUUUAAAAUAUUAAGAAAUGGGUUGAACGUUUAUCAGUUAACCAUACAGAAGUUCUGUUUUUAAUGUCACUGUAAGUCUGUUUAUUUAUAAAGUUAUCAUCAUCAGAAUUAUACCGAGCUUUUGUCCAUUUUUUUAUUUUGAGUAAGUUAACUGCGGGCCGUUAAACAAGAACUAGACCGCCGGGAACUGUGUAUAGAGAAGUCGGACUUAACUGCGGCAUGCUGAUGAGAGAGGGAUACAGAAGGAUGGUCAUGUUUCAGGAAGGAAGCUCCACAAAAGAUUAGACGCCAGUUCAUGAAGAUAUGAUGACACUGAAAGCUGAUUGCAAGAAGUUUGCACCAAACAUUUUCAACAAAUCAAAAUGUCAACAUUGUUUCAAAACGAAAGAAGCUCAUACAGCAGAAGCCCUGGAGAGCAACAGAGCUUCAAGAAAUGUAUCGAAAUGUGGCUACCUUUUUGUUGCCCCUGACUUUGACUUCUCUGUGUCAAUCAACAGAACAAAGAGAUGGCAGAGACGUUGGUUUGUACUCUAUGAUGAUGGAGAACUUACUUACUCAGUUGAUGAGCACCCUGACACUGUACCUCAGGCUGUGAUAGACAUGAACAAAGUGUUAGAAGUCUCAGAUGGGGAGAAUGUCACAGGAAACCAGUUUUCUAUUGCUAUCACAGCCCCAGACAAGGUCCACUUUAUCAAAGGAAUGAGCAAAGAAGAACGAAAUUGGUGGUUUGAUGUGUUGUCACGGUUUCCAACUAAUACAAUAAGAGGUAGAAACAAGAGGUUUGCAACCAUUCCUGGUGGUAAAGCAACAAUAACAAAUGUUUCAAAGCAGAAUGGAAACAAUUCUGAUAUCCCUGGUGAUUUCGUCAGGAGUGCCUCCACUAGACAACGAUUCAACACGUUUAACUCAGAAUUUUUGUCAUGCCAUGAUCCAGAUCUGUCAUGGGAAAAGUUUCAGAAGACCAAAACAACAGAGGAUGUCUUUCCGACCAAAGAGAAUGAAACUCUUAUCCUUGAAAAAAAACUCACAUCAACGCCUGUAGAGAAAAAUAUUGUGAUUAAUAAUAAACUGGAAAGUAGUGGUAGCAGUGACUGGAAGCAUGUGGAAAGUGAAAAUCUGAGAAAUAUUCUGAAUAGUAGUGGUAGUAUUAGCUCAUCACCACCUGGAAAUAAAGACAUCAAGGUGAAAAAAAGUGUUGAUGUGGAUGAAUCACCAAUUAAAGACAAGGUUAAGGUUAAUGAAAGUACAGAACAGAUAAAAAGCCGCAGUAGACGUUACCUAAAGAGAGAUGGGCGUAUUGUACGAAGCCAGAGGAGCCGCUCUGAUGGAGUUGCCAGGAUGAUACCAACCCAGCUUACUAGGGAAAUAGAAAGAAAGAGAAACCAGACUCUCACCACUUUAGAAUUACAGUUAGAGAAGACAAAUUUGGAGCAGCAAAACUAUAGUAACAACCAAGUCUAUUACUUGGAAUCUGUCUCAAAAGCAAAGACAGAAAAGUCAUUAGAGAGUCUUCAGAUAGAAUCAAUAUCUCCGCCACUGCAUCGUCGACGGCAUACCAGUGAAAGAGGAACAUUUAACCAAAGACUUCUGUUUGAUAAUGAUCGCGAGGAACAACCCCAGCAUGACUAUGAUAGUGGUCUUCAGCGCUCAGCAUCAGGAACUAACUUUCAUAGUUCAAGGUGGAGGAAUCAGAGUAAUAACCAAUGUGACAUUACCCCGCUGUUGUCUCAAGAUAUUGGCAACAAGACUGUGUUGCCUCUGAAGAUGUGUGAUGUGGAAGAUCUUGAAAAGCACAGAAUGCUGGGUGUUGAAACUCGGAUAUGUGGUGAUCCCGAUGGAUGUGAAUUAGAUUUGCUGCCCUCGUCUUUUCCUGUUGGAGUACCUGUCCAUUCAGAGUCCAUGCCUGUAGACUUGUGUCUUAAAAAGGGUUGGCUGUUAAGGCAAGGCCUCAAAGACUGGUACAAGCAGUGGUUUGUUCUCGAUAAUUCCUGUCUAAUAUUCUAUCGAGAUCCUAAUGCAGAGGAAUUGAGCAUCAUGGACGGAAUUGUAGAUUUACAGUUGGUGAAAGAAGUAGAGGAGCUAGAAUCGAACAAGAAUCAUGCAUUUUGCAUUAAAACAUUUGACAAUAAGAAGUAUGUGUUUGCUGCUGUCACUGCGGGUAUUCGAAGCAAUUGGAUUCAGACAAUCCAACAUGUUGUUGAAAAUUGGGAUCCAUUAACAGUGCAUAAGAAGAAUCUUACAGAUGUUUCCCUAAGAAAUCAACAUGAGAAAUCUGGUUUAAUUAGUCCUGUACGUAGUGAUGAGCCAAUCAAGCUAUUGGAUGCUUCUUCCAGUGAUGAUCCCUCUGAAUACUUUUCAAUUGUGGAUGAUGAUGAAGGAACUGAACAACCAGCUUCUCCACGAACAUUACCUCCCUCCCCACCUCUUAAUAGAACUGCCAUAUCAAAAGUCAAAGAAAAAGCUCGAUCUCGUUCAUCAUCAAGUUCUAGAAUAGGUCAUCAGCUACGAUCUCCUGGUCUACCAGAGAAUGAACAUUCUGUGAGCUUUACUGAAAUUGAUCAACAGAGUGAUGGUGGAGUAAGUGACCAGUCUAAUUCAAGUUUUCAAGGAGGGGACUUGUGCUACUGGGAUAGGAAGGCUUCAUCUAGGGAAUAUAUGAAUGAAAAUCUUGAAAACAAAAAGAAAAUUACUUCCAGCAAGAAUGAAGCAAUAUCAGAUUCAUUAGUAGCUCAUAAUAAUCAUCCUGAUUUGCAAAUAUCAAAGAAUGAAGCAUUGAUACCUGAAAAGGAUGAGGUUGUGAAGUUAAGUAAUGGUAAAGGUACAUUUUUAGUAGAAGAGUAUAUAGCUGAAACAAAACUUGAUCAGAAAAGUAAGGAACAGAGGAUCAGUAAAGGAAAUUCCAAAGAAAUUCCUGAAAAAUUCAGCAGCAAGGAUAAACAAAGAGAGAGGGAUCAGAAACAGGGAGGAAAUGGAGAAAAUGUAUAUAAAUCAAAAUAUGAAUCUUUAAAAAUGAAGUACAAAAAAGACCGAGCAGAAUGGGAAGACAUAUUGUCUAAAGAAAAAGCAUCCAAUCCUCUCAGAUCAAGAAAAAUGGAAGACUUACAAGAAACUCUUCAGAAUUGUAAAGAGCAGCUUUGGAGUAUAAAGUGUAAGCUAGAGAAAUCUACUGAAAAGAAAAGGGAUGUUCUAGUUUCCUGGAGAGAGAUUUCUAAACUGUAUGAAGAUGUUGAGAAGUUAGUUGGUUCCAGUGAAAGAAGAUCAAAGAAAGAUAUUGAAGUAUCUAAAUUAAAACAAUUGAUAAGUGAACUACAAGGAACAUGCAAUGAAAGAAAAGAAGAACUUGAAAGCCUGAGAAAUAAAUAUGACUCACGUAAGAAUUACAUAACAGAGUUAGAGCAGGAUCUAAUAAGAACAGGUGCUGAGCUAAAAAAGACCACAGUGGACAAAGUAGACCUGCAAAAUGUUAUUAAGCAACUUGAGAAAAUGCUAAGGAGCUCUCUGCAUGGUUCUGAUGAAGUAUCUGUCAAGGAACAGGAUUCUUUCUUGUUGCUGGAGAACUUAGAGUUGAAGACCAAACUAGAAACACUAUCUGAAGUCACAAGGAGUCUCAAAAAGAGGUUAGAGAAAGCCCACCAAAGUUUUGAUGAUCUUGAAAUCAACUAUUACAAGCUACAGCAGGAUGUUAAGAGGAUGCAGGACAGCCAUUCCUCUCAGCUAUCUCUGAUGACUGCUCGAGUUGAUGAUUUAACUACCAAACUUACAGGAUCUGAGAGAAACCUUCGACAAACAAAACAAAAACUCACAAGGAGUGAGUCUAGACAGGAGAGACGUAAAAGCUCACUUCGUGGCAAGGAUGGCUUGAAUGUGUCCAAAGAAUUUGAAUUAAAACUAGUAGACUUAGAACAGAAAUUAGAAUCACUUGAGUAUUCUUUGAAAAACUCCCAAGAAGGCAAAGAAGGAAGUGGAGAAUUUGUUUCUAAGUCACAAACACAGGCAAAUAAACAGAGCUCUGAAAAGUCAUCCGGAGAAACCCAGGGAUUCUUAAUUCGACUUAAUAAUUUGGAUACAAAGGUGAAAAAUGUGUGUAGUUUAGCAGAGUCCAUAAACCAUGAAAAUGAUCAAACAGAUAGCUUAGAAAAGCCCAAGAUCUGUAUACAGGUGAAAAAUGAUAGUGAAGAAAGUGGUCCAGAAGAAUGGAGUACACUGUCCUUAGCUAACAGCAUCACUGAUCUCCAUGAACUAGGAGCAGAAGAAGGUGAUGGUGAAAAACCUCAAACGCUUUCUGAGUGUGUGUAUUCUCUGUUUGAAAAAGUUCGAUCUUUAAGCCUAUGGUUUAGAAAUGUUGUAUACCUUCUCCAUAAGCAAGAAGGUCUUGAUGGAAGUAUUAAUACAGAAUUGAAGCACCUUGUAGAAGCUGUUGAGUGUUUAUCUUUUGGUGUUAGUGAAAACUUGCAAGUGAACCAAGAUAAGGGAUCUCUGUUCGAAGUAGUGUACCAAUUGACUCUUCUUCAGGAAGCUGUGAAAGGUGUAGAUAGACUUGCCAACUUCAAAGUUUCUGAAAAGAGAAAUUUGAUUGAAGAAAUAGUGAGGAUAAGCCAUUGGCUGUUAACAUUAGAGGAACAGCUGUCUUCUUCGGCAAAAGAUGUAUCUAUUAAUGGAGGCUGCACUGCAAGUAAUCUAGCCGUAAAGAAAACAUUGUGUGUACUCCUACAAGAUUCUGUUUUUGUCUCAGAUACAAGUGGAUUACAAGUGAAUAGUUGUUCUCAGGACAGUGUCCAAAAACUCAAUUCUGAUAUGACCACUCAGUUAAAUAGCCUAGAAGGUCUAUGGAAACGUGUUAGUAUAGUACUGAACAGAAUAAAAACUGAUAAUCUAACAGCUCUUUUUUCAUGUCUGAAAAACAGUUGUGCUAGUGAAGCCUGCAGAUUACAUGAACAGCUAUCAAUUGCUGACUUGUCACCUACAGAAAAAAUCAUUAAUGAAGAAUUAGUUUUAGCAGAACUUUGUCAUGUUGUCACACAGACCUGUGAGAAAAUCUGCAAGUUAUUAGUCCUCCAACGAAACCAACAGAUCAGGAUACUGUGCCGUGAUCAGGAUAUGUGUGAGAUGUGGUGUACAGUGAUUGAUCAAUCAAUUCAUCAAGAACUGGACAUAUUUUCUUCAGAACUUCGUACUGGUUUAGCAAAACUUCCAUUAUUAAAUAAGUUAGACUUGGAGUGUCUUCUUGGUAAAGAAGCUCUUACAAAGGCAGUUGAGUUAUCACAUCUUCUGGCUCUUAGUGGUACUUUCCAGGGAGUUCUAACAUACUUUAGAAACCAAGAGGAAAUUAUAACCACCAAUAAAAAGAGUAAGUAUAUUAAAAAAAACUCAGGUUUGUGUGAUGAGCAGUGGGUGAAUCGGGUGCGAGCCUCUAUAUAUCAACGAGCAGAGCAAGCUGUUUUUGGUUUUUCUUCUGUCUUAACACAGAAUACCUGUAGAUGUAUACAUGAAGCAAAUGAGAACAGUUUAGAAAAGCUUGCCAGACAAAAUGCUUCAAAUUUGGUUAAUCUGCAGAGUCAUUUUGAAAAAGAGCUUUCAGAAGAAACGGGUCUUUUGCAGUUGCAGUUGGAAACCUUACAACAGGAGCCAAAGCAGCAAUUGAAACAAGAAUGUUGCACAUGUGGUGAACUCAAGCAGAAGAUUUACCAACUGCAGAUACAGCUUGAAGAAUGCCAGCACUCUUCAGAAAAAAGCAGUGUGUGUCAUCAUUGUGAGGAACUUCAAAACCAACUUACUCAUUUGAAGGAUAAUCAAAAAGAGGAACUACAAAGCCUUAAAUAUGAACACCACAACAAAGUGGAAGCUAUAAGAAAGGAUAUGAAGGAAUUAUUUGAGCAACAAGAUAAACUCCACAGUGAGGAAGUCAGUCAACUUCAGAACGAACUCCAACUUUCUCAGAAACGCUUGAAGCAUCUUGAGUUCGAAUAUGAUGAGCAGAUGAGGAGCCUCAUUGAGGUUUACCAGCAAAAACUAGAAAAAAAACAUGAAAUCAUCAGUGAGGAGUCGAUACGGAGACGCUAUCAGUCAGAAAUUGAGCAGUGGAGGAAUCUGUCUGAGAAAGGGCUUGUGGCAAUGGAAAAUUCCUAUAAACGAAUGAUAGCUGACCUGGAAAACAAACACCAAAUGGAAAUUGAACAACUUGAGAAUGAGAAAGAGAAAGCUUUAGCUGAAGAAACUCAAGCAACAAGAGCAGCUCUUGAUGCAAUGAGGAAAGCUCACAAGGAAGAAGUGGAGCGGGAAAUUGUUAAGUUCAAAGAUGAAUUUCUGAAGCAGAUGGAACAUACACACAGUGGAGAAAGCCUGUAUAAGGAUCAUGAGUAA